UAUAAAGCAUGGAGCGCGCUGGAAGCAGAUAGCCGUCAGUGAGUGUGAGUGUGUUUACCGGAGAUCUGCUGCAGCCCGGGACAGGAUGGCGAGGCGCGUGCGUGAGGAGCGCUGUGUGAUCCGCGCGACAUCACCGCCACACCGCGCGCGCACUUACACCGUUUCUCUCAUUCUCCUCUUACACUGGAGUGCUUUCUGCGCAGACGCGGUGCACGCGGGCGUGCUGAGCAGUUUGGAGAGCUAUGAGGUGACUUACCCUCAGUGGCUGAAGCCCACAAGCAAAAGAGCAGCUCAUUCACACACAAAGCAUCCUUCAGAGGCAGAUAUCAAGAUUACUGCAGAGGGAAUGGAGCUGGUUCUCCAGCUGCAGAGAAAUGAAGAGCUCUUGGCCACGAACUAUCAAGAGAUAUGGUACAAUCCAAAUGGUUCACGCUAUUUCUCUAAGCGAUCCAUUAGGGAUCAUUGUUAUUAUCAUGGCACAGUGAGAGGAACAGAGGACUCCAGCGUUGUUCUCAGCACCUGUUCUGGACUCAGGGGUAUGAUUGUCUUGAACCACAGCGCAACGUACAUGAUCGAGCCUCUGGCCAAUCACAGCAUCUCUCAGGGCCAUGCAGUGUUCCGUGCUGAGAGCCUGAAAAUACCCAUGAGCACCUGCAGCCAACACUAUGGAGCGGAGAACCAUACAGACAAGCUGGCCGAGCUGAUUGGUGGGAUUGCACAGGCCAAUCAUGCUACUAGGGAAAAAAGAGAUGUCAGUCGCAGUAUGAAGUACGUGGAACUGAUGUUGGUGGCUGAUCACGCUGAGUUUGUGAAACAUGGUCGUGACCUGGAGAAGACCAAGACAAAACUACUUGAAGCUGCUAACUAUGUAGACAAGUAUUACAAAGCGCUGAACAUCCGUGUAGCCCUGAUCCUGCUGGAGAUUUGGACCGACAGGGAUAAGAUCAGUAUAACGGACAACCCAUACAGUACCCUGGAGGCUUUCCUGACCUGGAGGAGCAAGCAGUUGCGACAGCUGCCCAAUGACAAUGCACAGCUCAUCACGGGUGUGGCGUUCCGGGGUACCACUAUAGGACUGGCUCCUCUUAAAGCUAUGUGCUCAGAAUACCAGUCAGGAGGAGUUAACUCGGACCACUCUGAAAUUGCAGUUGGGGUUGCUGCCACCAUGGCUCAUGAGAUGGGGCAUAAUUUUGGGAUGAACCAUGACAGUGAGGGCUGCUGUCAAGCCCUGCCAGAGGAUGGAGGAUGCAUCAUGGCUGCAGCUACUGGAUACCCAUUCCCUCGUGUGUUUAACCAGUGUAACCAAGCAGAACUGAAGCGCUAUCUGAGCUCAGGUGGUGGGAAAUGUCUGUUCAAUCUACCAAACACCCGGGUCAUGUAUGGAGGCCAACGCUGUGGCAACGGCUACCUUGAGGAGGGGGAGGAGUGUGACUGUGGAGAGGUGGAGGAAUGUUCCAGUCUGUGCUGUAAUGCCAAUAACUGCACGUUGAAAGCAGGUGCUGAGUGUGCCGAUGGAGUUUGCUGUGAGAACUGCAAGUUGAAGACCCCAGGAGUGCUUUGUCGUGCUUCCUCGGGUUCCUGUGACCUGCCUGAAUACUGCGAUGGUAAAUCAGAGUCCUGCCCUGCUAAUUUCUACCUGAUGGAUGGCAGCCCCUGUGCACAUGGCCAGGCUUACUGUUACACAGGCAUGUGCUUGACCCUGGAGCAACAGUGCCUCUCUCUCUGGGGGAAAGAUGCCCGACCUGCUCCGGAUCUGUGCUUCACCAAGGUAAACGGAGCUGGAGAUCCCUACGGAAACUGUGGCAAAAACCUCAUGGGUAAAUACAGGAAGUGCACUGAGAGGGAUGCUAAAUGCGGCAAGAUACAAUGCCAGAGUGCUGCUACCAAGCCCAUUGAAACCAAUGCAGUUUCUAUCGACACCACCAUCCAUCAUGGCCAACGUAAGAUUCUGUGUCGAGGUACACACGUCUACCGGCUUGGCAAGGGAGAGGAGGGCCUGGGAGACACUCUUGACCCUGGACUAGUUAUGACUGGAACCAAGUGUGGGGACAAUGCGAUUUGUUUUGGUGGGGAGUGUCGCAAUGCAUCCUUCCUGCAAGCGGAUGAAUGCAAUGCCAAGUGUCAUGGCCGUGGGAUGUGUAACAACAAUCAUAACUGCCACUGUGACAUAGGCUGGGCACCACCUUACUGUGAGCAAGCAGGAGAUGGUGGCAGCAUAGACAGUGGCCCUGUGAACACAAAAAGCACCAUACUUGCUCUUCUCGUGCUCCUCCCUGUGGUUCUUUCCUUGGGAUUGGGAAUUCUGUUCCUCUGCUGGUGCUACAAGAGGAAGCUUCAUUCUUUGAAAGAUGUGGCUCACCCACCUCAGAGAUCCAUUAAUGUCCCAGCUUCAUCAGACUCCAAAACUCUUGCUAGUGGUCACGCCAACCCAACAUUCCAGCUAAAGAACACUAAUACAGACAAAAUGGAGGCUAGCCAGCAGCCAACUCCUACUGGGACACCAAGAUUGAGCCAUUCCACUGUCCGUCCAGUGGUCAAACCACCGUCAGUCCCAGCAUACGCACUACAGCAGAAGAGUCCUCCACUCUCAGAAACCAGCUCCAGCUCUUACCCAUCUCCAUCUGUGGCACCAAAACCUAGACCAAACCCUCCAACGAGACCUCCUCCACCUCGUCCUGUUACCAAACCCACUCAGAUCAAAAAGGAGGACUCAUUUGGCAAAGGCCCUCAUGUAUCACCAGCUUUGUUGCAGAAAGGGAAGGCCAAUCUGACGCCCUCUGCUGGAAAUCUCAGGAAUCAGACAGAAACCAGUGAUAAAAGCUGAGGCUUUGUCAAACUUGUGGAGAGAAUGGGCAUUACUCUUCUAUGCAGAGGACUCUUAAGAUGGCAUACUCGAGCAAGGUGCAACCUUCAGGCAUGUUUACAUCUUCAGCAGUGGCUGUGGAGACUGCUUACGUUCAACACCAUGUUUGCCUAAUACACUUGAAACCUGAAGUGUAAUAUACUUGUUGCAUUUAACUUUGUUUUGGUACAUUCCAAUGUUCAUGUGCCAUAUUUUUACAGUUUAUUUUAUACAGUGGUGCUUGAA